GGCCGUGACGUUCGUGCGUUUGGUGGGGAACACGUUUUUCUUGCGCGCGCGUGCGCUGAGCGGUGGCGGCAGCGCGUGGACGAGACUGAGGGCGGCCGCCGCUGGAUCGAGCGUCGCCGACGGGCGGUGGUGCUCCGCGCAGCGGCAACCGCCGCCCGUGACGCCGCGCGCCAUCGACAGCAGCCGGAAGUGGCCACGAUGCCAGCGUCGUGUCUGUGGACGUUGUGUUCAAACCGCGCUCUGACUAUUCACGCCGUCGCCGUCAAGCGCUUCGUCUCGUACUCGGCUCCCGCCAAGGGUGACGUGAUCCGGCACCUUCGUCACAAGAAAAUUGUGAUCUGCGCAGACCACGCAGUCCGUGCCGCGUCCACUCACGAUGGGCACGGCCUGCUCGACCGACCAGGCCGUCCUUCUCGUUGGCUCAGCGGCGUUCCCGGAGAACUACACCGCCUACGGCGACCAUGCGGCCCGCGGUCCGCCACUGGAGGAGCGGGUCGACUCGGCCGUGUCGCUAGGGCCUUUGGCAGCAGAGUGUCGAACCGUCCUUCAAAUUGGGCCAAGAGGUUCCCCAAGGCAGCCGGUGAAAAGCAGUCACCCAUUGAUAUCUUGUGUAGUGAGGUGCAGCAGGAUCCAUUCUUGACAGAGAACCCAUUGCGAUGGACCUACAAUGGCCUCCGAUGCACUAGCCUGCUCAACACUGGCUCCGGAUGGCGUGUGGAUGUUUCUUCACCAGGACCUAGAAAUCAGAGACCAAUUAGUCCACUUAGACUGAACCUUCGUGGAGGACCUCUUCAUCACAACUAUCAGAUGGUGCAGUUCCACAGUCACUGGGGCACCUGCAGUGAGACUGGCAGUGAGCACACCAUUGAUGGAGAACACUAUGCAGGCGAGCUGCAUCUGGUGCACUACAAUGUCGACAUGUAUAGCAGGGCAUCAGAAGCUGCCUGUUCUGACAAGGGGUUGACUGUGCUGGCUGUUUUCUUCAAGGAAGGAAAGCAACACGAAGAGUUGAAAAAGAUCACUGACUGUAUGUCAAAAGUAAUUUACAAGGGAAUGAAAUGCCCGCUGGACCAAGAUAUUGACAUCAACUCAUUGAUUCCUGCCAAUGGUUCAUAUUGGACUUAUGAAGGCUCCCUGACUACACCACCUUGUUAUGAGAGCGUCACUUGGAUUGUCUUCAAGGAACCCAUUGAAGUGUCACGAGAACAGUUUGAAGCAUUCCGCCAGCUGUUGUCUUACAAAGAAGGAGGAGGACCCCAGGUGCCUACCGAUGGCCCAAUCCUCAAGAACUUUCGACCUCCGCAGCCCCUCAAUGGUCGUGUUGUGCGUGAACCCUCGGAAUAAGCUCACCGUCAACAUGGUUCUUCGCUGAGCAGCUUUUCUUUUCUUCACCAGCUUCACUCUACCUUAACUCUUUGAUGCUGCCAGAAUUUGUGCAUCAUAUCUAGAUUGUUGAAUUAGCUUCGCUUUAUGUAGCAGUAACACUGACUUUUUUUCUUUUUAUGUUUUUAAUAGUUGAAGAAAACUGGAAAAUGCUGGGGUCUUUACACCUACCCCAUGUCCCCAGAGGCACUCAUUAUGACUGCCAGAAGCGUCAAUUUUGGUGUGGCUAGUUGGUGGGAAAAAAAAAAAAAAAAAAGAGGUCUUGCUGUGAGCUGUCUUGUCUCGCCUUGGAAGUGGUGGUAUUGUGCACUGGUGAAACCAUCAUGUUGUGUUGUCUGUCUCCUGUUCAAAUGUGUAAUUAGGUAGUAUGCCCACCAAAAUCUAGUCAAAGUGGAAAUAUAGUCGAAUACUGCUGUUUGACUGUAGCAUGUACGCACUAUUGCAGCUACGAAGCAGUGCUCUGUAUUUGUUAAUUGUUCUGCAGCGUCCAGCUUCAAAGUCUAGGAAAGCCUGAUGGUGGCACAACAGCAAUAAUGAGUGCAUUUUAAGGUGUUGAUGUUAAGGUGUUUAUGGGGGUUAAGCUAAUUGCCUGUGUGCCCAACUUGCAGUUAAUAAGCUCACUGAUGGUAACAUAACUAAGCUGGGCCUGUACAUUCAUGUCUUCCACCUAGUAGCUCUUGUAGGCAUGUUAUGCAUGCACUUCUGGUCCGUGGGGUUGACUAGUUGCAGGUAAAAAGAAAAAUAACAUCAUGCACAUUGAACUUCUUUUGUUAUUGCAUUUGCUUUCCUCUGAAAUGUGCCGUUUGGACAUAUGCAGUACAAGCUGCACAUCUGUAUGCAAAACCUUUUGGCACAAUUAUGUACUAUAUUGUUUGUCACAUCUUCAGAGGUUCUAUGCAUAUUUUUAUAUGUGUAUAUAUGUAUAGAUAUAUAUGUAUCCUUUUAUCAAAAAUGAACAUUGGCAGAGAAUCGUCAUCAAAAAAAGAGCAGUGAUCAAGUUUUGCAUGAAUUACAUGAACUUGUACAUAAACAGUUGUAGUGAAUGUUAUAGCCUUUAGCGUAGGUUCAUGUCUUUCAGGAACCAUAGUACAAGGCUGCAUUUACAUGUUCAGCAAGAAAUCGCACGGCAUCGAACUACUGGUAUAAGUGUUGCCCAUUUUAGAGUCUAGUAUACCAAUAAGCAGUGCAUAGAGCAGAAUGUCUAUCAUGUCUUGCAGUAGCUGGCAAUGUGCAGGAAGAAAAAAAAAUUUUCUUGUAGAAUUGUGUGCACUUUCAUUUAUUUUAUGCUCUCUGUACUGCUUCUUUUAUGAAUGCAGCAUACUGCCAUCUUGGUACAGGUGACAAUGACAGCAUACUGCAGACUUUUUUUUCUAACCAUGUGCCUUUAUUGAAUAGCAAGAAGUAUUUUAUGCAGUUGCCUGUUGAGUUUCUAAUAAAAUCUUGUUGCAAUGCAGGUUGCUCA